AUGUCUCUCUCCCUUCAGGUCCCCAACCCCCCUUAUCCCUCUUGCCGCAGGCCCUUCCACACUCAGCUCCAGACGAUUGCAGAGAUAGUGAGAAAUAUCCCAAUUAAUCAGGGGCCCCGACCCAUCCCCACCCCCAUCGAUCACGGGUUUUGCGGUGUGCACGGCAAUUGCCUUGCUUGCGCUUUUAUCAAGCGGCCCCUGUCUCGUGGUCAGCUCUUCAGAGACCUUGGAGUCCCUUUCAGAUUUGGUGGUUGCUUCUCCUUUUCUUUCUUUUUCCACCCUCUUUCCUUUCUUUCCUUUGUUUUUGUCUUCCUCCUCCCCUCCCCAGUGAGAAGAAGGACACCAAGAAGGAAGAGAGAGGGCUUGAGAGCAACGAUGGCUGACGACCAAGACCUUUCGGAGGUGGAGAUGAGCCCGGUGGGCUCUGAAGACCACCACUGCCUCUCGCCAGGACCCUCCAUGGCGUCAGACAACUCCCCACACCUCACCAGCUCCGGGAACGGGGAGAUGGGGAAGGUCAAGAAGGAACAGCAAGACUCGGAGGCGGACGACGACAAGUUCCCGGUCUGCAUCCGUGAGGCAGUCAGCCAGGUGCUGAGUGGCUAUGACUGGACCCUGGUACCCAUGCCCGUUCGGGUCAAUGGAAGUAACAAGAGCAAACCCCAUGUCAAGCGGCCCAUGAAUGCCUUCAUGGUCUGGGCACAGGCUGCCCGGAGGAAAUUGGCUGACCAGUACCCACACCUCCACAAUGCUGAGCUCAGUAAGACCUUGGGGAAGCUCUGGAGGCUGUUGAAUGAAAGUGACAAGCGGCCCUUUAUUGAAGAGGCAGAGCGGCUGAGGAUGCAGCACAAGAAGGACCAUCCUGAUUACAAGUACCAGCCCCGCCGGCGAAAAAAUGGCAAGGCUGCACAGGGUGAGGGCGAAGGCCAGGUGGAGGGGGAGGCUGGCGGGGCUGCUGCAAUCCAGGCCCACUACAAGAACGCCCACCUGGAUCACAGACAUCCCAGUGAAGGGUCGCCCAUGUCCGAUGGUCAUCCAGAACACUCCUCAGGUCAGAGCCACGGGCCCCCCACACCUCCUACCACCCCUAAGACUGAGCUGCAGGCAGGCAAAGCCGAGUCCAAACGAGAAGGGCGUUCCCUGGGGGAAGGGGGAAAGCCACACAUUGACUUUGGCAAUGUGGACAUCGGGGAAAUCAGCCAUGAAGUGAUGUCCAACAUGGAGACCUUUGAUGUCAAUGAAUUUGACCAAUACCUGCCACCCAACGGACAUGCCGGCCACCCAGGCCAUGUUGGGGGCUAUGCAGCGGCGGCGGCUGCUGGCUAUGGCCUCGGGAGCGCCCUGGCUGCAGCCAGUGGACACUCUGCCUGGAUCUCCAAGCAGCAUGGAGUCUCCUUGUCCACUGGCACCUCAUCAGUGGUAGACUCCAAGGCCCAGGUGAAAACAGAGGGGUCCACCCCUGGAGGUCAUUACACCGACCAGCCCUCCACCUCCCAGAUAGCUUACACAUCCCUCAGUCUGCCCCACUAUGGUUCGGCCUUCCCCUCCAUCUCCAGGCCCCAGUUUGACUACCCAGACCACCAGCCCUCAGGACCUUACUACAGCCAUUCCAGCCAAGCCUCUGGCCUCUACUCUGCCUUCUCCUAUAUGGGACCUUCCCAACGUCCCCUUUACACUGCCAUCUCUGACCCUGCACCCUCUGUGCCACAGUCCCAUAGCCCCACACAUUGGGAACAGCCUGUGUAUACAACUCUCUCCAGACCAUAG